UUAAUUUAUUUAAUCUAUCUUUUGAACAAGCAGUGUUGGAUAAUGGGUAUCCUGAAGGGACCUCAGAGUAUCGUGCCCCCUUGCGCAAAUGGUGUGAGAGAUCACCAGUGGAUGGCAGCGCUCUUUCGCGUGUCAUGAUUUUGAAGAGCCCACGCGUUUCACUCUAGGUUCCCCACUCGGCACGCACCAAUGCAGACACGGACCGGAUCGGACGCAGCUGGCGCCUGAACGUGUAUCCAUCUUCAUUGCGCUCAAGGUGUCUGCUUUCUCCAGCUCGCCGGUGUCAUGCAGUCUUUAAUAUCCCCAGUCACCAAAGCAAUACUGGUUGCACUGUUUAUUUUUGCGAUCCUGCUCAUUUUGUACGUGAUAUUAUGGUAUAUAUGUCGAGAUGUGGAUUGUGAUCACGGAAUUUGAUUGAAAUUAUUGGAUGCGUCUUUAAGACAUGCACCGGGUGUCCAAGCUUUGGCACUGAUCAACAAGGGAGCAAAAGGUGACUCUGUAUAGAGUCGGACUUGUAUCCCGAAGGUUGUGGGUUCGAGUCUCAGGUCCGGCAGGGAUUGUUGCUGGGGGGAGUGAAUAACCAGCUCUCGCUUCCAACUUCAAUACCAAGACUGAGAUUUGCCCAAGCAGAAUGGAAAGGUUGCCAUAGUUACAGGGGGAACCAGAGGAAUGGGAUAUGAGAUUUCCAGACAUCUUGCCAGCCUGGACAUGCAUGUGGUCAUUGCUGGGAAUGAAGAACAGGAGGGUCUGGCAGCAGUGAAGAAGAUUCGAGAAGAUUUAAAUCAGGGAAAAGUGGAGUUCAUGUACCUGGAUUUGGCCUCUUUGACAUCUGUACGACACUUUGUCCAGAGAUAUAAAGCCAAAGGUUUGCCACUACACGUCCUUGUCAAUAAUGCUGGCGUUAUGCUUGUUCCGGAGAGGAGAACAGAGGAUGGAUUUGAGCUACACUUUGGGCUAAACUACCUGGGCCAUUUCCUGUUAACCAACCUGUUGCUGGAUGUGCUGAAGAAGUCAGGCAAACCUGGGAAAUGUUCCCGGAUAGUCAUUAUGUCUUCAGCUACACACUAUGGAGGAAGAUUAACUCUGGAUGACUUGCAGGGAAGGAUGUGUUAUAGUGCUCAUGGUGCAUACGCCCAGAGUAAACUGGCCCUGCUGCUGUUCUCCUACCACCUACAGGACGAGUUGUGGGUCAGAGGUGACUCUGUAACAGUUAACGCAGUGGACCCAGGCAUGGUGGACACAGCCCUGUAUGACAAUCUGUCUAGCCCUGCACAGCUGGCCAAGAAACCUUUCGCAAAACUGCUCUUCAGGACGCCUGCAGAAGGAGCAUCCACGGCCAUCUAUGCUGCAGCUGCCUCCGAGCUGGAGGGGAUCGGAGGACUGUAUCUGUACAACGGACGCAAGACAGAGUCUUCAGCACUUUCUCAUGACCAACGGCUGCAAAACAAAUUGUGGAAAGAAAGCUGUGCUCUAGUGGGUCUCCAAUAAACCUGAGAGAACAUCAGCACCUGAGCUCCUGAUCCCUGAGACUCGGGCCCUCAUCUUACAGUCCAUAUAACAUCCACCUGAAAAAAAUUCAACCUCAUGCCUUAAGUUAGUAUCCCUAUUUGCCGAAUUGUCCCUUGGUCUUUAAAUCAUCUCAUUACCUUUAUAGUGUUCACACAAGCCAUCUUAGACUACAUCUUGGGAACAUGUACCUCAACAAAAUGUGACAAGAUCGCUGUUUUCCAUCCUGAAACGGCUCUCUUCCUCCUCACUUGGGAACUCUUGGGAACACUUUUUCCCUGAACUAAGCAAAUAAAACAGUGAUUUUGACUAAUCUAGUAUCUUGUUCUCUGCUAAUCCUUUUUGGGUGCUUAAUGAAUCAGGACCGUCGCAAUGGCUAUUCUACUGAUUUUCCUUUGGAAUUUGUCAACAGACUAUAAAGACAAUCGAAGGAUAAAAGGAUUAUAUGUGAAAUCUCUAUCUCUCUUAACUGGGCAAAUACCAGCCUGUGUCUGUUGAUUCUCUAAGUUUCCGUGCUAGGAUUUUGCGUCUUUCUUUGUUAGUAUUGUUGUAUAUCUUCAGUGGCGCCUACGUUGGGUUAUUCCACCCAUCAGUCAGUGUCAUUCCUCCCUCUGCCUACCGCAUCUAAUUGUCUAAACACAAACUGCAGAAGGGCUAAGGGGGAAAAACAUUUGUCUGGCUAAGCCCUUCAUUUUUCAUUCCCUCACUGUGCAAUUUGCAAUGCUGUGUUUUAAAUUUAACCACAAAAGAGACGGCUGCCCUCAUGCCAGGUGCCUCACCUUCAUUUACCUUCUUUCUCCCAGAGGGGGAAAUUUUGUCCAACUGUUCUGUUCGUAACUGUGACGUGCUCAGGUUUUGUGAUUCCAAUGUGUAAUAAUGUAGUUGGUUUUUGUUUGUUUUUUCAACAGAUUUUCCUUUGAGACUUAAAGGGGUCAUAUGACAUUGCUAAAAAGAACCUUAUUUUGUGUAUGCAAUGUGUUUAUGCGGUGUAAGGAUAAAAAAAACCAC